AUGGCAGCAUCAAGUUCUAAGCUAAGAAAUUCAUUUUCUUUUCCAAAUCUUUUACUUUCAUGCUUAAACUUGAUCUUAUUCAUACUUUCUACUGCUUCACUUGCUCCUAUACUUCUCCUUAAAACACCCCCUUCUUCCUUAGGCUAUGCUAUUAUUAUAUCUUCUUCUAUUUCUCUUUUAUCCUCUUUUAUCGGGUUUUACUCUCGCCUUACUCACUUGUGUUUUGUGACAUACAUUUCCUUCCUACUCGCCUCGCUUGCUAGCCAAGUGCUUAGCUUCAUGGCCUUGUUUUUGAAGGAGAAAAUGAGCCUAUCGAUCCUCAAUUCACCAAGGGAUCCUAAAGAGGCGAAGGUGUUGGUGAGGUUGGAAUGUGGGAUUUUGAUGGUUAUGUUUGUGUUGCAAGUUGUGGUUUUGGUGGUGAGUUGUCUUAUUCAUAGGUGUUGGGUGAGGGAGUAUCAAGGGUUGGAGGAGGAGAGGGAGAAGAUUUCGAGGAAGCGGAGUAGGAGGAUAGCCGGAAUCGAUGAGGAAUCGGUGGCAAAUGGGGCGGCUAAGGUAUCCGAGGACAAGGCUAAGGAGUUCGAUGAGAAGGUGAAGAGUAAAUUUGGUGAGAAAUGGGUUAAAAAUGAUUUUGAAGGAUAA